AUGGAUGGUUUCAUAGACAUGACCACCAUUAGUAUCUACCUUACAGAGAACCUUGUACCUACCCUUUUAGCAUAUGUUUAUUACUACCUAAGUUAUAGACAUGCUAAGAAAAAAGGGAUGAUUGCUUGUUGUGCUCUUCUUUUGUACCAGUGGUUCUUGGAGCAUCUUCCAAAGACAAGAGAUUUUAUGGAGAAGAAAGAUGAUAGUUGGCCUCAAAGGUUGGGAUCACUCCGAUCCAGUGACCUUUCUUGGUAUUCUAGAGAGUAUGUUGGUAUGGGUAUCAUAUUCAGUUAUGGGGACUUUCCCAACCUACCACUCAUUGGGACUCAGAGUUGUAUCAACUCUAAUCCAGUUUUAUCAGUGAGACAACUUGGGUACCCAAUGGAAGGUCCUCCGGAUGCGAAUUCUUUGGAUGAUUUUUUUCUACUUGACUUAGGGCUUGAGAAUCCUAGCCUAUUCCAGAGGAUUAAGGAAGCAUGGAAAAAGGUCAACCGAAAAGAAAAAGCUGACUUGGGAAGAAUGAACGAGAUCACCAAAGAGUCCUACUUCCAAUGGGUGAGGGAAAGGGUGGAGGUAAUCAAAAUGCCUUUCAUCAUUAGGAUAAAUGUGCCUCUUCCUGAGCCUAAGCUCACUCAUAUCCCUAUUGAGGAAUCCGAAGAACUCAGAUCUACCAUAGCGAGAUUGGGAAAGGAAAAUGAAGAGUUGCAGUUGAAUCUCCAACAAGUCACUGAUGAGAAAAAUAAGAUAAAAUGGGAACUCGAGCGUAAGAAUGCGCAACUUCAGGAAAAUAAGGAAAAGGUUGACAAAGAGGAACAUAAGAGGAAAAAAGUUAAAGUGGGUAUAGAUAAAGUUGACCUUUGUUUAGAUACCAUUAAAGAUCAAUUCAAGCAAGCCCGAAAUGAAUGUCAAAAGAAUGAGCAUUGGUGGUAUCUUGCUACUAAGGAGAAUAAGACAAUAAGAGAUGCGCUUGGAGCCCAGAUAAAAGAGCACACUAUUUCUCUCCGCCAUGCAAAGGUAGUGGCAGAACGAGAGCACUGA